AUGGCAUCGCUUGAUCCCCGAAGUGGAAAGGCUGUCAUUUCGGGUACGCAAUGCGGGCAGCCUACAACCAUUGAAACGGAUGGUGGAAAUACCGGACCGCGCGAGGUGACAUACUACCACGGAACGGCUUGGAACAAGCGAGAGACAAGGCUGGGUCCGGUGUCAACGUGGAUCCCGCAACCAGGGAAAAAAUUUGGAGAAAUACAGAUAAAAGUCACAAAAGUUCCACCUGCUGUUCACUUUUCGCUUCUCUUCGUUCAUUCCUUACUGGUAUCUGUUACUGGUGUUACGGGACGUACGAACAGCGGGCACUCCGUAGUCCAUGGGACGGUUGUGAAUGACCCGAGAGACAUGAUGAAGCGGCAGGCGCAGGAUGGAUCGCAGCCCCAAAUGGAUAGCGCAAUAUCCCAGGAAGGCCAGGUUUCGAUGCAAGUUACGAUAGCCGCUACAGUAGGAAUGCCCUCGCCGACAACUGGUAUCAGCGAGCCUACAGCGUCGGAAAUCACCACUGACCAAAGCUCACCGGCUGUUCCGACUACCUCUUCCGAAGAAACCCCGACUGCCUCUCCUGCUUCACAUACCCCCACAACUGAUACUGCCCCUGGGUCGGCUAGUCAUGAUCCCUCGGCUUCGCCUACUUCUCUUCCUGUGAUAUCUUCUGCUUCCAAUACUUCCGCUUCCCAAAUACCUCUCUCGCCUGCGAGCUCGAGUGGGACGCCUCAGUCAACUUCCAGCACUGUAGUCUCCACCUCCACGAGUUCUUCGUCUUCCAGUUCUAGCCAAACCUCGUCAACCUCUAGUUCUAGUUCAAGCUCAUCUUCCAGCACAACGACUUCGUCAACUUCUACAUCCUCUACAACCUCUACUAUAUCUGAGCUUACUACAACUUCGUUGCCCUCCGGCACCAGAGGCGGCGCCUCAUAUGGGUGGGACGGGGGAUCGGGGCCGACAGCUACCGAACCGACAACUUUGACUACUGGACCGACUACGUCAGCGACAAUUUCUCCUUCCCAGGGCUCUGGCGCUCUGGACAGCCAAACCAAGGGCAAAAUUGCUGGCGGUGUCGUUGGUGGUGUAGCUGGUGCCAUGGCUUUGGUGCUCCUAGUUUUCAUCAUUCUCCGGAGACGGAGAGCAUACCAAAAUCGUGCCCCUGAAGUCCUUCCGCCCGGUGAUAUGACUGGUACUGCUGUUGGAGAAGGAUCUGUAACAAGGUCAGCUGAUGUGGUUUCGCGGCGGUCUAGCAAUGAUCCGUUAUUCACGGCGUCAUACUUUGCGCCAGCGUUUAUGAAACGUUGGAGACAAUCGCGUCUCUCUACUCAUACAGAAAGCACCUUAGAUUCUAGCACCAGCGAGCGUGGAUUCCAGAAGAUUUCUGGUCGGAAAAUUCCCUCCGUACUACAGUCAGGAGGAGAUGGAUACGGCGGUGGUUUCUCGGAAGGAUCGCCGACCAUGUCGGAACCAAGUGUGAGCUUCCCGCCAGGUUCACCGGUCCUUCCCCGCUCACCUACCUCGCAGCCGCCUCCAUCAACCCCGUAUGGCAUGCCGCUGGACGUGAGUUAUACAAGGGAAGCCGAAGAAACCAAUCCCAUUGUGAUUUUUCGGCCCUCCCCGGCCAGGACACCUAUUCCUGGCUCCGCAGAAGCUAGUUUAUCUAACGAACCCUCUGUAUCGCGCAUUGUGCCUCUGGCGCAGGGAGCGUUGUCUCCCACCAUCCCCAAGCGACCAGACGUGCUGGGUCGAAGUCAUCCAAGCUUUGAUGGUAGCCGCGGCAGCCGAUUUACUGAGAGUAUAUGAUCCUGUUCGCUAUUGUCUUUCCUUUAGCCAUUGCAAGCGCCCCAUCGUUGUCCGAUGUCUGGAUAUAUAUCAUCAGAACCUUGCUCUGUACAUACGCUGAGAGCUUGCAUUUCUUUCUUUUCCUUCAGGACGUGUCACCUUCGCAACAGGAAUAAUCCUUGGUCUUUUCAGGCUGGCAUGUU